AGGGACGACCUUACGCGAUGACGUCACCGCGUCGUACGUACGUACGUACGCUCCGGCUCCGAUGCUAAGCGCGAGCUACUCCGCUGUAGCGCCGCUCGCCUUUCUGGUUGUUGUCACCUGAGCACGAACUCGACAUACCCGUUUACGUCUUCUUUUAGGGGGGAGAGCGGACCGAAGAAAACCGUUAACAUUCACCGGGACGUCCCGCGCGCACGGGGCGGAGGGGGGGAGGGGGGGGGGACGUCGCCAUAUGGCUCUGCAAGGCCCGGAGGAGCUCGGGGAGCAGGUCGAGGAGCCGGAGGAUCUGGACGACCAGGACGCGAGCAGCAUCUCCCCGGCCGAGGAGAUAACGCUCCCACCCGGGCCCGGAGGAGAGGACGAGCCGGAGGAGGCUCUCCUGCUGCCCUGGGACCGCUUCUCCACCUGGCUGCACUGCAUCUGCGUGGUGGGCUUCGACCUGGAGCUGGGGCAGGCGGUGGAGGUUAUUUAUCCUCAUCAUUCAAAACUGUCAGAGAAAGAGAAAACAAGCAUCUGCUAUCUUUCAUUCCCCGACUCCAACUCCGGUUGCCUUGGCGACACCCAGUUCUGCUUCCGCUUUCGUCAGGGUUCGAACAGGAAGCCGUCGCUCGGCUGCUUCCUGGAAACCACCGACCGGGACGCACCGCCCUGUCUGAAGAGGGAGCAGGGCCAUUACUAUGGUUACGUGUACUUCCGUCAGGUGCGAGACAAAUCCCUGAAGAGAGGGUACUUCCAGAAGUCUCUGGUCCUCAUCAGUAAGCUGCCCUACGUGACCUUCUUCCACUCCCUGUUGAAGAUCAUGGCUCCAGAAUACUUCGAGAAACAGGAACCCUGUCUGGAGGCGGCUUGUAACGACAUUGACCGCUGGCCGACGCCCCAUCCUGGCCGAAUCCUCACGCUUCCCAUUAUGGGCGUGGUCAUCAAGAUCCGCAUCCCGACCUGCUACGACAAACCAGGAACCUCACAGCUGGUCCAGUCGGCUCAGAGUGACAGUCAGGUGUCCAUCGUGCUCCCGACCAUCCAUGAAGUCGACCUCUUCAGGUGUUUCUACCCGGUCUUCUUCCACAUCCAGAUGCUGUGGGAGUUGGUGUUGCUCGGGGAGGCCCUCGUCGUGAUGGCGCCGUCGCCGGCAGAGUCGUCGGAUACCGUGCUGGCAUUGGUCAGCUGUAUCUCUCCUCUGCGUUACUGCAGUGACUUCCGGCCGUACUUCACCAUCCACGACAGCGAGUUUAAGGAGUACACCACCAGGACGCAGGCUCCGCCGUCGGUCAUCCUGGGAGUGACCAAUCCCUUCUUCGCUAAAACCCUGCAGCACUGGCCGCACAUCAUCCGCAUCGGAGACAUGAAGCAAGCAGGAGAGAUGGCCAAGCAGAUGAAAGUGAAGAAACUGAAAAACCUCAAAACCCUGGACUCUAAACCCGGCGUGUACACGGCGUACAAGCCGUACCUCAACAAAGACGAAGACAUCAUCAAACAGCUUCAAAAGGGCGUCCAACAGAAGAGACCCUCGGCGGCCCAAAAUGCAAUUAUUCGACGGUACUUUUUAGAACUGACGCAGAGCUUCAUGAUUCCACUGGAGCGGUACGUGGCCAGUCUGAUGCCUCUCCAGAAGUCCAUCAGUCCCUGGAAGAGUCCUCCUCAGCUGCGACCGUUCAUCCAGCAGGACUUCAUGAAGACGCUGGAGAAGGCCGGACCUCAGCUCACGUCCAGGCUGAAGGGAGACUGGAUUGGACUCUACAGGCAUUUCCUCAAGUCUUCCAACUUUGACGGGUGGUUCCGCAACAGGAGGAGAGAGAUGACCCAGAAGCUGGAGGCUCUGCACCUGGAGGCGCUGUGUGAGGAGGAUCUGCAGCAGAGAGUCCAGAAGCACUCUGAGGUGGAGACGGUUGAUCUGGUUCUGAAGCUGAAAGAUAAACUGACUCAGGCGGAGAGGGAGCAGCUGCCGGUGCGUCCGGGGACUGUGGCCAAGCUGAGGGCCCACAUUGAGGCCGUCAUCCUGGCCUUACCAGAGGACCUGCAGGGCAUCCUCCACAAGCCCUCCACUCCCUGACCUUUAACCCCCACCAGCACCGCCCAGUCUGCAACUCUUACCCCAGUCUGAGCUUGUUUUAAAGUUUGGGGGGUAGUGGGUCUCCUCCUGUUUUGUUUCUGGUCUCGCAUGGAAGAAGAAGAAAAAGCACACGGCGCAUUUUUUUUGUUUGCCCAAAAUAUUCAUCCCAACUUCACCCACACCUUGAAGGUAAGAGCAGGGAGAUGAACCCAGCUGACCUUUGACCCUCAGCAUUUCUGCUUGUUUUUGUUGUGUUUUUUUCUUUACUUUAGCGAUGGAUUACUUCAGUCCAGUGGAACUGACUGAAGAAGAAAAAAUAUGUUUUUAAAUGAAGUGCACUUCAUCACUAACCGGGCCAGUGUGCCCUACACACACACACACACACACACACACACACCUGUUUUUAUGCAAACAUCUGAGCCGAGCAGUGCUUUAUGAUUAAAUUAACUACUAGCAUUAACACACACACACGGAGCAUUAAGCACCAGCGACCCUGUAAUAACUGACUCUCGUCUCUCGCGCUCAUCAGCCAAUCACGUCCCUGUAUCCAGGUCACAUGAUCUUUGUGCUGCCCCCCCUCCCCCCCUGGUUCUGAGGGUCGAAGGGAAGUCCAAAACGGUCAGAACAGAUGCGAUCGGAGACAUUUUUUUUUCUAAACCAGCUUUCGGAUGACGGCGCCUCACAGGACGGAGGGCGGCACCGACGACUCGGUCGGGUUCUGUAAACAUCUCGCUCAGGAUCCUCCGACUCCUUCAGACCAAAGAAAACACGGCUGAAGUCUGUUUAUUUUUGGUUUUUUUAAAGUGUUUUCUGAACCAACACAGGUGCAUAAUUUCAACUAUGAAUAAAAACACACGAAACAUAAAAGUAAUACCAACAAAUUGGGCUCUAAUGAAAGGGACCGCUGUCCAUCAAAGCAUGUUUUCAACUAUUUACUGCAGAUUGUCUUUUUUGGUAAUUUCAGAGCUACAUUGUCAGAAUAAAGUCCUUUAAAAAAUAUAUAUAUAUAUAUAAUUAAGAGAAAACAAUAAUGUGACUGAUCAUUUAUUUAAAUUGUUAAAAUUGUUCUCGGCCACUCGCAUUUAAAUUUUUUACAUGCAAAGUGAUUUUGUUCCUUGAAAUUCAAUUAAUUGAAACUAAAAGCUUCGACUUUAUAACUUUUCUGACUUUCAUAAACAAAUUCUUGGACCCCUAAAAAAAAAAAAAAUAACAAACCCUCUUAAUUAAAGCAAUAACAAGAUCAUUUAAUUAAUUUCAGUUAUUUGUAUUUUGAGAGUUUUCUGAAAGUGUGUAUUUUGUGAAGUUUGCAUUUCAAAAUAUCACUUUAAAUUUAAACUCUUUUCAGACGUAUGGAUUGUGUUUUUUUUUUUGUUUUUUUUCCUCAAAGCCAUCAUGUAACAUGUUGUAUAAAUACUUAUAAAAAAUAACUCAAAUGUGUGCUGGUUAGAAAGAAAACCUGUGACAUCCGGUUGUUGGGCAACCACGUAAGUUUUAUAUUUGUAAAGAAUAACAACUUAUUUUAACAAUUUUUAAUUUUUUUUACGGAGGGCUGUUUCCUCUUAGAAUUAAAGGGUUUUGUACAUAACGUGUAAAGUGAACCGGCGGCCCAGAUAUGAUGUACCAUAAUUAUUUUGCUAUUACAACAGACGUCUUACUAAAUACAGAGAUAUAAAUAAUAACUGCUCCAUAUAAUAGUUAUUAACCCGUCUUAGAAUAAUUACUAUGUUGUUAAGACAUGUUGACAUUUUGAAUUUGUUGGGUUUUUUUCUGAAAAUGUUGCAUUUUAACGUUAAUAAAAUGAGAUUAUAAUCUAAUUUAAGAGGCAUUGAUAUUGGACAAUUGUUCAAAACCUUGGAUUAUGAUUUACAAUAUCAUUACAUAAUAAUGUUCUCUUUUUAUCUUAAUCUAUAAUGAUACAUUUUACGAUAUUGUGUAUUAUUAAUCUGACUAUGCAAAGUAAAGGUAGAGGAGUAAUAAUACAAUACUUCCCUCAACUGUAGUUUAAAGUAAAGUAUACGUUGUACUUGGGUAAAUGUACUUAGUUACUUUCCAAGAUGAAAUGUUUGCCAGCUAUGAAACAAAAAGCUAAAUCCAAAAUGUUCCAACACGUAUCGAAAUAAUAAAACACUACAAGUUCAAAACGUCAA